AAUUAAGGAGCAUACAAACAAUGAUAUGCAGAGCAUAUAUGUUUGACAUUCUAAAAGUCAUGGAUCGUAUCUGCCAUCAUCAAUCAGUGGACACAGACAGAAAUUGUGCAGUAGGAGUAGGAUCGGAGUAGCAAGCACCGGUGGGAUGAGCAACCGAGACUCGUCGCAGAUCCCGGCAGACACGACACGAUCGGAUCGUUGAUGGGAUGGGAAUGAGGAUGAGAUGAUGCUGCAAGUUGCAAGCGCUAGUGGUGGUUGUUGUCAUUCUGAUUGGAUUGGACCCUUGAUCUUGAUGCCAUGGCCAUUGCCAUGUGUUUGUUCAUUUGUUGGGGAGAGAGAGGGAGAAAGAGGAGGAGAUGGAGAAGCUUUUCAUUAAUUGCACCUCCAUGGCUAUGACUCUUCUCACAGGAACCUGACAGACAGACAGACACUCUUUUAGCUGAGAGCCUGAUAGACACUCCAUGGCUAUGGCUCUUGCAUUAGAAUCUCAGAUCAAACUGAUCCAGGGGCCUAUCUGCAAAUAUCUGGAUCGCGGGGACUAGGAGUGAUACGAAAAAUGCUGCACUCAGGCAAGGCGAGGUCGCCGGCGGCCGCCGCCGUCCAUCCCGCUCUUCGCCCUCAGCCAUCUCCUCCGGAUACCCUCACGUACAUGCUGCCGCCGCCCGCGGCUGCGCCACUGCCUCGGCGCGGUGCCCGUACUAGCUUCCUCGCCCGCUGGGCGGCGGCGUGUCCCCGCCGUUUCGAAAGAGUUCACAGCUCGAUCUACAACUAGUUUCUUCCUCUAAAUGAUUUUCAGACAGGGAUUCAGUUCAGACAAGGCGGAUGGAUGUCAAUCUCGCCAUAACUGUGCAAUCAGGAUGAACAUUGGCGACAUGACAAGAGCUUCAGCAGACCAAUAAUAUAUGAGGUAUCAUAUCAUCUCCCUGUGAAACUGCUACCUGAAUCUUUUCCAUGCUCCAACAAAUAAUUGGAGGCUCCUGUAGUCUCACAGUUCUAAAGAUAACACAACAAAUCAGAUCAGGAGCAACCUGAUGACCCCCCAUCAUCAUUGUGAGCCUGAACCUUAUGCGGCGGUGUUCAGCACAAGUCAACAAAAGCUUCUGAUCAGGUCCACUUAUGUCGUCCUGGAAAAAUGGCAUGGAAUUGGAAUGCACAUCAGACAUCGACAUGUUUUGCUAUCUGCAUCCGCCUGUCAAUCAAUGCAAACCCGCCUACUCCUUAACCACUAAGCAAGAGAUAUGUGCUAAAGGGAAAAGGGGUUAUACAUAUAUUCCGGUGGUGGCUACUGUUAUUUACUUAUAUCACGAUUUUUCUGAUGGGAUGGGAUAGUGUACUCUUAGCUUGAUGAGUAAAUAAGCGAUGAUGAUACGCGAUUAGUAGGCAGGCCAAUCAUGGUGGAAUGGAACUUACUUAGGGCUAGAUAGCUAGCGGCCUACUAAUAGGUUUAAUUGUGCUUUAUAUUCCUUGAUACAAUACAAAGAGAUGAUGUCCUGAUAAAGAAGAUGCGUAUAUGCAAGUGGUAAUAAAGCUGACUGGUGAAAAGUAGAGUGGCUUUCUAGUAAAGCUUCUUGUGUUACAUGCAUGUAAAGAAUAGAUGCUGGACGACAUUAUUAUGUUAAUAACAUGGGCAUGUGAGGAGCUGUCAUUAUAUAGAGAGGAUCAAGAACAAUGCAAUAGUUACCUUUUUCUUGGUUUUAUAAGUGGUAGUACGAUUCGACCGAUCCUUAGGAGUCUACUUUUUGUUUUCAAAUGUGGAUUUUGAGGCAUAUGUAGGCAUCGUGGAUCUUAUGCCUUGCUUCUACAUGUACACAAAACCAACUAAGAAUAGAUAACCCCACUUGUCAGGUAGAUGGGUCAUGGGUCCAGUUUAUAUGUAACAUAUAGCUAGUUAGUACAGAUUCUUUUGUUAUGGUGAAAAUUCUUGUCGUGUAGAGCAGAACCCAAGAACCGUGCAAAAUUACUUUACCCAAAGUAAGUUACUGUAUUUCCACAACCGUAAAAUGUCCCCGACUUUAUUCCUAAAGUAGUCGAAUAAAGGAAUGCUGUAACCAGAAAUGCACUUUUCAUUGUGGACAAUAAGCACUAACGUUUUGAUGUGCAUAAAGAAUUGCACCUUUCUUUUGGCCAAUCUAAUAUAAGUAUGAAAUCUUCUUCAUUUCAAAUAUUAUGAAGAACUGCAUGGCUGACUAAUGUACUGGUAGGUGGUAGCUACUCUACACUAGCAGCUCAGAAUGUAAGCUUGGUAAGUGUGGCACAACAGGAACUAAAGCACAAUUGAUUUGCAGUUGGAUCACCACUUGUAUAUGUGAGGUAACGUCAACAUCUAUAUCACUACUACUCUUCCAUUAUGGAAAGAAAUACGCUGUAAUUUUGGAGUUUUGCUUUCAAGAAGAUGACAUUCACUAUAUAUGGUGGGAGUACAAUAAGGAUCAUCUCUUUAGAUGGUACCUAUGGAAUCAAAUUUUGUUCACAACAGAGCUCCUCUGUUUCUUUUAUUAUUUUUGGAUGUAAGGUCACGGCAAUGAGCACACAAUUUUAGGUCCACAAGCUCUCUUUAAAAGUCUAUAUAUAAUGCUGUGAAACAAUGUAAUAAGCAUCUUGAUUCUUGAGAUAUGUUCAGGUUCAGUGUACAGUAUGUAUAACUUCCUAGCAAAUUGUCAUCAGAACUCAGGAAAAAGGGAUUGAUAUUUGGUUAAAAAAAGAUUUAUUUGUAAUGAGAAAUAUAUUCUUUUCAAUUUGACACACAACUAGCGAUAUUGUUCUUGUGGUUGGAAACUGUUGUGGCUUUUGUUAGUUCUCUGCAAAUGUGAACCACUUGUUGGUUGACUAGUAUGCUGAACAAUUUGUUGGUUGAAUAGUACGCUGAUAGUUGAUCCCAAAAAUAUACUGAUACGUAAGGAGUCAGUGCAUAUUCACUUGUGGGUAGAUUACUAUGUGCAAAGCCAAUAACAUCAGUAUCUGUGUCAGUACUUUUUCACUGCAUAUAUAUAAGACUGACUUCUAGUUUCAAGGUUUUCUUUUCAACAAAAUGGCAUUCACUAUGCUGGGAGCACAAACAGGAAUGCUGGAUAAACUCUGAAAUAGCUUUUUUUUUCAGAAAUGGGAUAAAAUAUUUUUCACAAGCAUAUAUAUAUAAGCUUGCACUCACAGAAAUAAUAACAGGUUCUCUCUCUCUCUCUCUCUGAAACCUUACAUGAUGCAAUGGACCAAAAGAAAGAAAGCAUCUUGAGACACAUGUUCAUGGCCAGUUAUUACAGUUACCUAAAAGUGCCUGCCAAAUUUUCUGCAGGACAAGGCAAAAGCAUAGCUCCAAGCAUCACUUUCAGGAAAAAGACCGAAGUGGAGUGGACUGAACUUUCAGUUGGAGCUCCAGUAGCCAGCCACUGUGUCCCCCACACAACACAAUGGUCAGACAAAACCAUACAAGCAAGAAGCAACUCUUGCAAACGAUAAGGAGAUGUCCAUCCACUUGAACCACUCGCAUGCAUAUCGAUCAGUGCCGCGCACUCAAAUCUCUUGCAGAAACUGCAUGAACUGAUGCAGGCACGUGUCGCGCAUUGCGAUUAUCGUCCUCUCCAUGCUUCAACAAUCCCCCCUGUGCUUCAACUGAAAAUAUACUGCAUAUAGUUCGAUCUCUUUUUCUAUCAACAAACGAAUCAGAGAUCCUGCCUUUGUUUCAGAAAAAAGGGGGGCAAAACUUGACCUCAAAUUGUUACAUGAACUUGGUACAUGUUUCAUUUCAUUUCAUUUUCUUACCAUACUACUGGAUCCUUCAAACUGCAGGUCUACGAUCUAUGCAUGUUCAGAGCUCCAGACAUGCAAUGCAUUGCCUUAAUCAAUGCAAAUUUCUUUCAGUACUAGGCUUUAUGCAUUCCCUUCAAUCAAUUUUCUUUCAGUACUAGGCUUUAUGUAAGGUCAGAGAGUUACUUUUUACAUAUUCUUUUUAGAGUUUUACUUGCACAUAUAUGGCUUAUCAUUUCAUUGUUCAUAUAUACUUUUUGUUAGGCCCCCAGUAGCUCACUUUAGGAGUACUUAGCAAGCACAAAGCCACCUAGCUUUCUUUCUCAUCAUCUCUGUGCCCUUUAAUUGUUCCAUCCAUCCAUCCAUCCAUCACAGUUGCCUCAACACCAUAAAGAGCCACAAGCUAGCUCCUCUCCCACAAACACUCACCUGCUCUGCACACACACACACACACACACACACACACACACACACACACACACACACACACACACACACACACACACACACACACACCAAGUUGUUUGUGCUAGAGCUGCAGCUAGCUUGACAUCAGAGGCCAUGAAGAGCUCCUCUUCAGCUGCACAAAGGCUGAAACUGAAACAGGAGCAGGCAGACGAUUGCAGCGAGAUGCAGGGAAGUCAUCGUGGCCUGAUGAGCAGCCUUGAGCUCAGGCUGGGCAUCUCUUCAGACAAUGGCGGCGGCAGCGGCGAUCCAUGGCUUGGUGUUGGAGUGCACCCAUGGAGCCUUGCCGGCAGGCAAGCAGAGAAGGUAGCCCUGGAGCAAGACCACCAGCGGCCUCCACCUCCGCAGCCGGUGGGAUGGCCCCCGGUGGGUGCGUUCCGCAGGAGCCACCUGCAGGUGGGCGCGAAGGCCGUUGAGGAACCGACGAGCAAGGUGAAGCUCGGCGAGCAGGGGCCGGCGCCGGCUCGGUCCACCAUGUUCGUGAAGGUGAACAUGGAGGGCUGCGCCGUUGGGAGGAAGGUGGACCUGCAGGCGCACUGUGGGUAUGCGUCGCUGUCGCGCGCGCUGCAGGCCAUGUUCCAUGGCUUCCUGUCAGAUGGUCAGUGGAGGAUCGCUGGCAGAGAAGAAGAUGACGACGACGACGAUGAGCAGCCGGAGCCGACGAAGAAGGGGGAGAAUAAGAGCAACAAGAAGGCGUACAUCCUUCUAUACGAGGACAACGAGGGCGACCGGAUGCUCGUCGGCGACGUGCCGUGGGAGUAAGUUCGUCGUCGUUCCGAUCCUGUUCUUUUGCACGUACGCUGGCUGUUCAUGGCUUCGGUGAAGAGGCUGUACAUCGCACAGGACCCGAGGAAGACGAAGAACUAGCUAAGCUAGCUAGGGCCUAGGAAAGACGUUGCUAGCUGCCUUUAUUUUAUUUCUACUCUCUAUAUAGCUCGAAGCAGAUAGCAACAGUGUAUGCUGCUAGUGUUUAACUACCUCCCUUCUCCGAUUAUGUAAUCCUGUCCAGCAUCAGUUCAUAUACAGCGUAGUAGGCAUCUCUAAUCUAAUAUUAAUAUAUAGGAAAUUUUGCUUAAUGUCUCA